AUGAAACCUGGAGAAACCAUUUCAGAAAUGAGCACAAGAUUUACUGAUCUGGUGAAUGUUCUCAAAGCUCUUGAAAAAGAAUUCACUGAAGAAGAGUUAGUCAAGAAAGUCUUGAGGUCACUACCUAAAUCAUGGGAAACAAAAGUUAUAGUGAUCUUUAAUACCAAAGAUUUCUCCAAAUUCACUUAUGAUGAGUUGAUUGGUUCUCUUAUUGCUCAUGAAAUGCUUUAUGACAAGAGCAAGAGCAAUGUAGAUGAUGAAAAGAAAAAGAGAGGAAUUGCCUUAAAGUUAAGCCAAGAGGAUGAAUUAAGGAAAACUAUAGCUUUUAAGGAUGCCUCAAGUGACAGCUCUAAUAGUUCAAGUGAUGAAGAUGAUCUUGCCAUGAUUACAAGAAGAUUCAAGAAAGCAUUCAAAAAGGGAGGUUUGAAAUAUAAGAAAUUCCUAAAGAAGUAUUCUCCCAAAGGUGAAACAAGCAAGGAUCAAAGUGAGAUUAAAUGCUUUGAAUGCAACAAACUUGGUCACAUCAAGCCAAAUUGUCCUAAAUUGAAAAAGAAGAAUUCAAAGGACAAGAGCAAGAAAGCCUUGGUUGCUGGCUGGAUGGAUAGUGAUGAUUCCUCAAGUGAUAACUCUAGUGAAAAGGAGGUUGCACACAUUUGUCUCAUGGCUCUAGAAGAGGAUAAACCAGAAAGUUCCCAACAAAGAGAAAUCAACACUGAGGUAAAUAAUUUUGACUCUCUUAGUAUUGAGGAUUAUGAAGAUGCAUUUGCCAAAUUGUAUGAAGAAUGCAAAGUUUACAAGAAAAAAUGUUCUGCUUUAAACAAAGAAAUUGCUUCCUUAAGAGCUGAAAAUGAUUCUAUGAGUAUUAUUGUACAAGAAAAUAAGUUUUAUAAAAAUCAACUACUCUUGUUUGAUGAGUUGAAUAAGGAGUUAGAAGAUUCAAAAAUUGCUUGUGAAAAACUCAUUGAGAAAAAUAGGAUUUUAGAAACUAAGGUGGAAUCUUUGACAAGUGAUUUAGCUAAAUUCACAAAUGGCACACAAAUUCUUGAUACGUUACUUGGUUCUCAAAGAUUAUCAAAUCAAAAAUCUGGUCAUGGUUAUGAUGGAUUUAUGCACUAUGGAAAUACAAAAAUUUCUUUGUAA